AUGAGCUCGGGUCGCCGCUGCUGCUAUGUAGGAAAUGCCCAAGCAGCAGUUGUUGCGCUGUCUACGAAGAAGAACUCAAGUUCGUGUCCUAUUGCGGUGUGCAAGAGAGAAUUGCGGACCGGCAAGCAUGUGUUCACCGAUGCCCGUGAGAGAGAGACCGCUAUCGCUACCUUGAGCGGAUGGGCCGAGGCGGGAGAGGGUAGGGACGCGAUCAGCAAGUCCUUCUGCUUUUCCGACUUCAACCAGGCUUUCGCCUUCAUGACAAGAGCCGCGCUUGUCGCAGAAAAGAUGGACCACCACCCCGAAUGGUUCAACGUGUACAACAGGGUGGACGUGACGCUCUCGACGCACGACUUGGGAGGGCUCUCCCGGAAGGACAUCAGGCUAGCGCAGAGAUUAGAUGCGUUCGCCAAAGAUGCGCCGGAGGCACUGCCAUGA